CUUGCAUGAAGGAAGUUUGCAGAUUGUCAUGGAGUGCUAAAGUUCUUGUCACUAGACCCAAAUUCAGCAUACAGUUAAAAUGACAACCUCCUGGAGUGAUCGAUUACAGAAUGCAGCAGAUAUGCCUGCUAAUAUGGAUAAACAUGCCCUAAAAAAGUAUCGACGAGAAGCCUAUCAUCGGGUGUUUGUGAACCGAAGUUUAGCCAUGGAAAAAAUAAAGUGUUUUGGUUUUGAUAUGGAUUAUACUCUUGCUGUGUACAAGUCCCCAGAGUACGAGUCCCUUGGCUUCGAGCUUACUGUGGAGAGGUUAGUUUCUAUUGGUUAUCCCCAGGAGCUGCUCAGCUUUGCCUAUGAUUCCACGUUCCCUACCAGAGGACUUGUCUUCGACACGCUGUAUGGAAAUCUUUUGAAAGUUGAUGCUUAUGGAAACCUGUUGGUCUGUGCACAUGGAUUUAACUUCAUAAGAGGGCCAGAAACUAGAGAGCAGUAUCCAAACAAAUUUAUCCAACGAGAUGACACUGAAAGAUUUUACAUUCUGAACACACUAUUCAAUCUGCCAGAGACCUACCUGUUGGCCUGCCUAGUAGAUUUUUUUACUAAUUGUCCCAGAUAUUCCAGCUGUGAGACAGGAUUUAAAGAUGGGGACCUGUUCAUGUCCUACCGGAGUAUGUUCCAGGAUGUGAGAGAUGCUGUUGACUGGGUCCAUUACAAGGGCUCUCUGAAGGAAAAGACAGUUGAAAAUCUUGAGAAGUACGUAGUCAAAGAUGGAAAACUGCCUUUGCUUCUGAGCCGGAUGAAAGAAGUAGGCAAAGUAUUUCUUGCCACCAACAGUGACUAUAAGUAUACAGAUAAAAUUAUGACUUACCUGUUUGACUUCCCACAUGGCCCCAAGCCCGGGAGCUCCCAUCGACCAUGGCAGUCCUAUUUUGACCUCAUCUUAGUGGAUGCACGGAAACCACUCUUUUUUGGAGAAGGCACAGUACUGCGUCAAGUGGACACUAAAACUGGCAAGCUGAAGAUUGGAACCUACACCGGCCCCUUGCAGCAUGGCAUUGUCUACUCGGGUGGCUCAUCUGAUACAAUAUGUGAUCUGUUGGGAGCCAAGGGCAAAGACAUUUUAUAUAUUGGAGAUCACAUUUUUGGAGAUAUUUUAAAAUCGAAGAAACGGCAAGGGUGGCGAACUUUCUUGGUCAUUCCUGAACUUGCACAGGAGCUACAUGUCUGGACUGACAAGAGUUCACUUUUUGAAGAACUUCAGAGCUUGGAUAUUUUCUUGGCUGAACUCUACAAGCACCUUGACAGCAGUAGUAAUGAGCGCCCAGACAUUAGUUCCAUCCAGAGACGUAUUAAGAAAGUCACACACGACAUGGAUAUGUGCUAUGGGAUGAUGGGGAGCCUGUUUCGCAGUGGCUCCCGGCAGACGCUCUUCGCCAGUCAAGUGAUGCGCUAUGCGGACCUCUAUGCUGCCUCUUUCAUCAACCUGCUGUACUACCCGUUCAGUUACCUCUUCAGAGCCGCCCACGUCCUGAUGCCUCACGAGUCCACGGUGGAACACACACACGUGGAUAUCAAUGAGAUAGAGUCGCCCCUCGCCACCCGGAACCGCACAUCUGUGGAUUUCAAGGACACAGACUACAAGCGGCACCAGCUCACAAGGUCCAUCAGCGAGAUUAAACCCCCUAACCUCUUCCCCCUGGCCCCCCAAGAAAUCACACACUGCCACGAUGAAGACGAUGAUGAGGAGGAGGAAGAAUGAGGAGCAGAGCCCACAACUGGCCACCCUAAUCGAGCACUGGCAGAACUCACAGAGCAAAGGCUGCCCUUGUUUAGGUUCUCCCAGGGAGGGUGGGGGCCCCACCAGAGGUACAUCUGGAAAGUUUGUCAAGACUUUAAAACAGCUAAUCAUAGAGACCGUUGUUUUAGUUCAUGUAUCUGUGUUGUUUUUGUGGAGUGGUUCACAGUUGCAGCGGAGUCCACUGGAAGAAAGUAAGGCUGGGCGGGUCGGCGUGCACCCAGGUGGCCCCACAUGGCCUGUGGCCGUUUUCCAGUCUCAGUCGUCAUCGGCACGUGUCUGGAUGUGCUGGGGUGGCUGGGGCUGGGCCGUGGAGCAACGAGGACCCACAAAUGCUGGUUUCAGAUUGUGCUGUUACUCCGGAACCCAGCCUUUUCAGUGCUUUACACAAUGUCGUAUACCAGUGGAGAAAUACAUUGUUUUCAUUAUCCAGUGUGGUUUCUGCUGAAGUCAAAUUUCUUCUCAUAAGCCGUCGAAUAUUCUCAUUGACUCUGGCAAGGCUGUGGCUCUGUCAAAUGCCUUUUCUGCUGCAGUGCCAAACCGGCCGGACUGCAAGGAGUCUAUCUUGAAGCAAAAAACCCAUCCUUUUUACACUUUCCUAGGUUGUGAUAGCACAGAUGUUUGUUAUCUAAAAACGUUUUUCUCAUAGUUGAAAGAAGACCGGAGCAAACUUCCAGAAAAGGGAAGAGCAAGCCUCAACUGCACAACUGCGUAAAGUGAACCUGGCUACAAUUCCAGUUCCUGCUACCCAGUUCCAAUCUCCCUUGCGUUGGGCACAGGAUAAGAGGCCAUUUGCUGUAAGCCAGACCCUUACUAUUACAGCAAAAGGCACAACCAGUGCGAAUAAGCUCACUUUGGAAUCCCAAGUGGAGUCACUUCUUGCUUUGAACAAGAAUGACUCAGCGCCAAGUGAGGGCGUUAGGAGGGGCUCCUUGCCAGUGUUGGAGUUGCUCUGAAACGUUUUCUUACAUUCUUACUGCCAGCGAUCAGCGGGAAGGUAAGACCAGCUGCUCUAGAAGGCAGUAAAGUGUAGUAUUUCUAAUACUGACUUUGACCCCUUCUAUAGCACAACCAAGUAGCCAACUGGUCUUCAAGUAGGUUUAGGUUUGGUUUAGUGACACGUUUAACAUUUUAAGGGACAUAAACAUUUUCCAAAAAUGCUAAACAUGCCCACAUCUCUUUUGGUUAAAAGAAAGUAAUCAAGAAUUGAUACAGUCUAACACGAUUAUAUCUGCAGUGCUUCAUAGACUUGAGAAUUUUUUCACAAAGUGUUUUGGCACAAGACUGAAGUGAGAUUUGAUUUGGGGGGAGUUAUGGGAAUUGAACUCGGGACCUUGCACUUGUGAGGCAGGCAGAGGAACUACUGAGAUAAAUCCCUGUCCCCUAAAAUCAGAUUUUUAAAAAAGUCAUUUUUAGAGGUAACAGACACAGAUUAGUACUUAAGUACUGUCCAUACUGCCUACGCCUGGCUGUACAUAACUCAUGGCAAGAAAUUACGUUCUGACUGGCAUCUGAGGAAUAGGCGCUCUGUUAAGAGCAGGCUAGAAGUGCUUUUGCAAGCAAUAAUGAGAUGCUACCCAUUUCAGAGUUUGUCACCCCAGUCACUAACUUUCAUCACUCAAGUGAAGAUGUUGCCCACUUUGACAAUCUUACAUUUUUUCAGUCCUAAAUUUUUAAAUGGCUUGUAACUCACGUACCUUACAGUAGUAUAUUUACAAAUAUUUUCCUUUAUAGAGCAAAGACGAAGGUGAUCACUACUUUUCAUACUUAGGUAUUCAUACGCCAACUUACUAGUCAGAUACUUCUCCACAGUGAGAUGACUCACUAGAUACACUUGAGAAGUAGAAAGCAGCACAUGGUGGAAUAAGACUCCCAUCUUUGUUCAGUUCACAGAACAGUACUGGAGCUGGGACCCAUAUGGGGCCAGAGAGCAGUGCGGUGCUGCGCACUGAGCACGUGUCCCAGGGAAUGAUGUUUCUCCCGGGCACUGGAACAGCUAUGGCUGGGCUUUUCCCAUCAUGACUUGGUAGUUUCUCUCCACUUUCAAUAAUUAAGGAAGCUAAACUUAAAACAUAUACUCUUGGUUGUUU